AUGUCAAUAUUAGCUAGUUUUGAAACAACUUCAACUGCACUUUCUUGGUUUAUUUUUUACCUAUCUAAAUAUCUAGAAAUUCAACAAAAAAUUAAAAAUAAACCUAAAAAACAUAAUUUAAUAGAUAAAACUCAUUUAAUACAAGAUAUAUUAGAUUCAUUGAUUUAUGUUGAAUAUGUAUCAAAAGAAAUUCUUUCAUAUGCUCCUACUACUGGAGAAUUUGCUCGUGCAGCAACAUGUGAUAAUAUGACUGAUGAUGUACCUAUAAGUAAAGGAGAUACAAUUGUAAUUGCUAGUCAAAAUUUACAUCAAGAUCCACGCUAUUGGAAAUAUGAUUCAACAAAAUUUAUAUCUGAACGACUUUUAAAUGAGGAUUAA